CUUGCAUGAUCAGAAGAUCACUACAGCGUCUACAUCCGCCAUGAUGAAGGUUGUCGUCGGCUUUGCUUUAAUGAUUCUCCUGGCUGGACAAAGUCAGCAGCAAUCUUCUAAAGAAGACUGUAAACUGGAGCCAGUACCAGGACCUUGUAGGGCUUCAUUCCAAAGGUUCUACUUCAACCCUUCAUGCCAGGAGUGUGAAACAUUUACAUACGGCGGCUGUGGUGGCAACGCUAACAACUUCGAGACCAUCGAAGACUGUAAGAAAACCUGUUUCCAAGUCUGCAAACUGAAACCAGAAGUCGGACACUGCAGGGCGCGAAUACGUCGGUUCUUCUACGACCCCGACGCCGAAAAGUGUCAGACGUUUUACUUCGGAGGCUGCGGUGGCAACGCUAACAACUUCGAGACCAUCAAAGACUGUGAGAAAACCUGUAUCCCAGAUGUCUGCGAACUUAAACCAGAAGUCGGACGCUGCAGGGCGCGGAAACGUCGGUUCCACUACGACCCUGAAACCCAAAAGUGUAAGAAGUUUUACUACGGAGGCUGCGGUGGCAACGCUAACAACUUCGAGACCAUCAAAGACUGUGAGAAAACCUGUAUCCCAGAUGUCUGCGAACUUAAACCAGAAGUCGGACGCUGCAGGGCGCGGAAACGUCGGUUCUACUACGACCCUGAAACCCAAAAGUGUAAGAAGUUUUACUACGGCGGCUGUGGUGGGAACGCUAACAACUUCAAGACCAGGCGCGCCUGUAGGAAAAGAUGCGUCUGACCUGUUAUUCAAAUAAAAUCUCGAUAUCCGAUA